GGACAUAGGAUGACCCCAGCCUGUCCCCUCUUACUAUCUGUGAUUCUGUCCCUGCGCCUGGCCGCCGCCUUCGACCCUGCCCCCAGCGCCUGCUCCGCCCUGGCCUCGGGCGUGCUCUACGGGGCCUUCUCACUGCAGGACCUCUUUCCUACCAUCGCCUCAGGCUGCUCCUGGACCCUGGAGAACCCUGACCCCACCAAGUACUCCCUCUACCUGCGCUUCAACCGCCAGGAGCAGGUGUGCGCCCACUUUGCCCCCCGUCUGCUGCCCCUGGACCACUACCUGGUCAACUUUACCUGCCUGCGGCCUAGCCGAGAGGAAGCCGUGGCCCAGGCGGAGGCAGAGGCGGGGCGGCCAGAAGAGGAGGAGGAGGCAGCGGGGCUGGAACUGUGUGGCGGCUCGGGCCCCUUUACCUUCCUGCACUUCGACAAGAACUUCGUGCAGCUGUGCCUGUCGGCAGAGCCCUCGGAGGCCCCGCGCCUGCUGGCGCCCGCUGCCCUGGCCUUCCGCUUCGUCGAGGUCUUGCUCAUCAACAACAACAACUCCAGCCAGUUCACCUGUGGCGUGCUGUGCCGCUGGAGUGAGGAGUGCGGCCGCACUGCUGGCAGGGCCUGUGGCUUCGCCCAGCCAGGCUGCAGCUGCCCCGGGGAGGCGGGGGCUGGUUCGGCCACCACCGCGCCUCCGGGCCCGCCUGCUGCCCACACCCUGUCCAAUGCCCUGGUGCCUGGGGGCCCGGCCCCACCUGCUGAGGCCGAUUUGCAUUCAGGGAGCAGCAAUGACCUGUUCACAACCGAGAUGAGAUAUGGUGAGGAGCCGGAAGAGGAACCGAAGGUGAAAACCCAGUGGCCAAGGUCUGCAGAUGAGCCUGGGCUAUACAUGGCGCAGACAGGCGACCCGGCGGCUGAGGAGUGGUCCCCGUGGAGCGUGUGUUCCCUGACGUGUGGGCAGGGUCUGCAGGUGCGGACCCGCUCCUGUGUGUCCUCCCCCUAUGGGACCCUGUGCAGCGGGCCCCUGCGGGAGACCCGGCCCUGCAACAAUUCAGCCACCUGCCCAGUGCACGGCGUGUGGGAGGAGUGGGGGUCCUGGAGCCUGUGCUCCCGCAGCUGCGGGCGGGGGUCCCGGAGCCGGAUGCGGACCUGCGUGCCCCCCCAGCACGGCGGCAAAGCCUGCGAGGGUCCCGAGCUGCAGACUAAGCUCUGCAGUAUGGCGGCCUGCCCGGUGGAAGGCCAGUGGCUAGAAUGGGGUCCCUGGGGCCCGUGCUCCACAUCCUGUGCCAACGGGACCCAGCAGCGCAGCCGGAAGUGCAGUGUGGCGGGGCCGGCCUGGGCCACGUGUACGGGUGCCCUCACGGACACCCGCGAGUGCAGCAACCUUGAGUGCCCGGCCUCAGAUGGCAAGUGGGGGCCGUGGAACGCGUGGAGCCUGUGCUCCAAGACGUGUGACACGGGCUGGCAGCGCCGCUUCCGCAUGUGCCAGGCCACGGGUGCGCAGGGCUACCCCUGCGAGGGCACUGGAGAGGAGGUGAAGCCUUGCAGCGAGAAGAGGUGUCCAGCCUUCCAUGAGAUGUGCAGAGACGAGUACGUGAUGCUGAUGACGUGGAAGAAGGCGGCCGCUGGCGAGAUCAUCUACAACAAGUGCCCCCCCAACGCCUCAGGGUCUGCCAGCCGCCGCUGUCUCCUCAGUGCCCAGGGCGUGGCAUACUGGGGUCUGCCCAGCUUCGCCCGCUGCAUCUCCCACGAGUACCGCUACCUGUACCUGUCACUUCGGGAGCACCUGGCCAAGGGGCAGCGCAUGCUGGCGGGCGAGGGCAUGUCACAGGUCGUGCGCAGCCUGCAGGAGCUGCUGGCCCGGCGCACUUACUACAGUGGGGACCUGCUCUUCUCCGUGGACAUUCUGAGGAAUGUCACUGACACCUUCAAGAGGGCCACCUACGUGCCCUCGGCUGAUGAUGUGCAGCGCUUCUUCCAGGUGGUGAGCUUCAUGGUGGAUGCGGAGAACAAGGACAAGUGGGAUGAUGCUCAGCAGGUGUCCCCUGGCUCUGUGCACCUGCUUCGUGUCGUGGAGGACUUCAUUCACCUGGUGGGCGAUGCCCUCAAGGCCUUCCAGAGCUCUCUGAUUGUCACAGACAACCUGGUGAUCAGCAUUCAGCGGGAACCAGUCUCCGCCGUGUCCAGUGACAUCACAUUCCCCAUGCGCGGCCGCAGGGGCAUGAAGGACUGGGUGCGACAUUCAGAGGACCGCCUCUUCCUACCCAAGGAGGUGCUCAGCCUCUCCUCCCCGGGGAAGCCAGGGGCAUCUGGCACCUCGGGCAACCCUGGCAAGGGGAGGGGCCCGGGAACCGUGCCCCCUGGCCCAGGCCACUCCCACCAGCGCCUCCUGCCGGCAGACCCUGAGGAGUCCUCCUCCUACUUUGUGAUCGGUGCUGUGCUCUACCGCACGCUCGGCCUCAUCCUGCCACCUCCCAGGCCCCCGCUGGCCGUCACAUCCAGGGUGAUGACAGUGACUGUGCGGCCCCCCACCCAGCCACCAGCUGAGCCCCUUAUCACAGUGGAGCUCUCCUACAUCAUCAACGGCACCACGGACCCCCACUGCGCCAGUUGGGACUACUCCAGAGCAGAUGCCAGCUCAGGGGACUGGGACACUGAGAGCUGCCAGACCCUGGAGACCCAGGCAGCCCACACCCGCUGCCAGUGCCAGCAUCUGUCCACGUUUGCUGUGCUGGCCCAGCCGCCCAAGGACCUGACCCUGGAGCUGGCAGGCUCCCCCUCGGUCCCCCUCGUGAUCGGCUGUGCUGUGUCCUGCAUGGCGCUGCUCACCCUUCUUGCCAUCUACGCGGCCUUCUGGAGGUUCAUAAAAUCCGAGCGCUCCAUCAUCUUGUUGAACUUCUGCCUGUCCAUCCUGGCGUCCAAUGUCCUGAUCCUCGUGGGCCAGUCACGGGUGCUGAGCAAGGCAGGUGCAGGUGGCGGGCGCCAGGGUCUGCCAGCCCUGGUGGUGGCUGUGUCUGUCGGCUUUACUCGCACCAAAGGAUACGGUACAUCCAGCUACUGCUGGCUCUCCCUGGAGGGCGGCCUGCUCUAUGCCUUUGUGGGCCCCGCAGCCGUCAUUGUCCUGGUGAAUAUGCUCAUUGGGAUCAUCGUCUUCAACAAGCUCAUGGCACGUGAUGGCAUCUCGGACAAGUCCAAGAAGCAGAGGGCCGGGUCGGAGCGGUGCCCCUGGGCCAGCCUGCUCCUCCCCUGCUCAGCGUGUGGAGCGGUCCCCAGCCCCCUGCUCAGCUCAGCCUCGGCCAGGAACGCCAUGGCCUCGCUCUGGAGCUCCUGCGUGGUGCUGCCCCUGCUGGCGCUCACCUGGAUGUCAGCCGUCCUGGCCAUGACAGACCGCCGCUCAGUCCUCUUCCAGGCUCUCUUCGCUGUCUUCAACUCGGCGCAGGGCUUUGUCAUCACUGCUGUGCACUGCUUCCUGCGCCGAGAGGUCCAGGACGUGGUGAAGUGCCAGAUGGGUGUGUGCCGGGCCGAUGAGAGUGAAGACUCGCCCGACUCAUGUAAGAAUGGACAGCUGCAGAUCCUGUCAGACUUUGAAAAGGAUGUGGAUCUGGCUUGUCAGACAGUUCUGUUCAAGGAGGUCAACACUUGCAACCCGUCUACCAUCACGGGCACACUGUCCCGCCUGUCCCUGGAUGAGGACGAGGAGCCCAAGUCCUGCCUCGUGGGUCCCGAGGGCGGCCUCAGCUUCUCACCGCUGCCUGGGAAUAUCCUGGUGCCCAUGGCAGCCUCGCCAGGCCUGGGGGAGCCACCGCCCCCCCAGGAGGCCAACCCCGUGUACGUGUGUGGGGAAGGCGGCCUGCGGCAGCUGGACCUCACAUGGCUGCGACCCGAGCCGGGCUCCGAGGGGGACUACAUGGUGCUGCCCCGGCGGACUCUGAGCCUGCAGCCUGGCAGCGGGGGCGGAGGUGGUGAAGAUCCCCCGAGGGCCCGGCCCGAGGGCACCCCUAGACGGGCUGCCAAGACAGUGCCCCAUGCUGCCGAAGGCUACCCCAGCUUCCUGUCUGUGGACCACUCGGGCCUGGGGCUGGGCCCCGCCUAUGGGUCUCUGCAGAACCCCUAUGGGAUGACCUUCCAGCCACCACCACCGACACCCAGCGCCCGCCAAGUAUCUGAGCCGGGGGAGCGCAGCCGGACCAUGCCCCGCACUGUGCCGGGCUCCACCAUGAAGCUGGGCUCCCUGGAGCGAAAGAAGUUACGAUAUUCAGACCUGGACUUUGAGAAGGUGAUGCACACCCGGAAACGGCACUCGGAACUCUACCACGAGCUCAACCAGAAAUUCCACACUUUCGACCGCUACCGCAGCCAGUCCGCAGCCAAGAGGGAGAAGCGGUGGAGUGUGUCCUCGGGUGGGACGGCCGAACGGAGCGUGACCGGCGAGAAGCCCAGCCCUGGGGAGCACCCCGGCUUGUCCCAACAGCGGAGACAUCAGAGCUGGAGCACCUUCAAGUCUAUGACAUUGGGCUCGCUGCCCCCCAAGCCCCGAGAACGGCUGGCCCUGCACCGAGCAGCAGCCUGGGAGCCCACAGAACCACCUGAUGGCGACUUCCAGACAGAGGUGUGA